UCUAUUAUAAAGAACAACACUACAAUUUCUUCUUGAACCUAAAGAGACGAAGAAGGAAAGAAAAAAUUCUCUUAUUUUCACCUUUUAAAUCGAUUGUUUUUUUUGAAGAUAGUAUAAUGGAAGCAAGGAAGAUUAAGUUUCCAUCUUUAUUACUCUCGUUCUUACUUAUCUACGGAAUCCCUUCGAUUCUUGGAUUGAGUGUGAGUAUGAGAGCUACUACUAGAUCGGAGCCGGAGGCAUUUCACGGUAGAGACUUCUCGGAAGUAAAGAUCAGGAAGUUGAUGGUUACAAACUUGGAAGUUGAUGAUUCAAGUGACUACUAUGAUGAAGGAUCAUCAUCACCAUCACCACCAGUGCCUGAUUAUGAUGAUAUCUAUAGAAGGCAAGGUGAUGUCCCAAGCCCCGGUAUUGGCCACUGAUACAUGUCAUGGGUAUAUUUUUACACACCCAAUAAAUACACAUUCUGUGUUAUAUGCAUACAUCACAUGUUGUUUAUAUACCUUUUUUUCCUAAGAGCGGUGGUCUCUAACUAUAUAUAUUAUUUUCGUUGCUUUUUCCUCAUUUUUAAUAUUUAGAUUUUAUUUCAUUCUGUCUUUUUUUUUUGUUCUGAAAAAUAAUCGUUCCCUUUUUUACUAUAAAAUUGUCUCAUUUCCUCGUGUUGAUGGGAAAAGAUAGCUUCAUAUGUAUGCAGAUAUAUGCAUUUGUCCGUUGUAAAAUGUUACAUGUUAUUAAGAACUGAAGAGUAAUUUUCUU